AUGGAGGCAGGCCUAGUUACUGACAUCUGCAGUGCUCAUCACACUAUCACAUCCACCGCGCGCAUGCGUGGAUGCAUGUGUGCAGGCAGUUGCAUUCCCUACUCCCUGACACUCUCGGUUGCUACAUCCGCAUUUGUCAAGAGACUAGACUUUAGCACUCUUGUUUUACUACUUGUGAACACCUUGAAUGGCUAUGGUGAUGAUGCCCUCCUCCACUCUUCUACCUACCAACUCAAAGAACUUCUUUUUCUCCUUCAUCUUCCUACGACACCGUUACCUGGCUCCUCCUACUGUCUCCGGCUCAGUGAUCCACAGAAAUGA